CCCCUCACUCCAGCUUGCCGAGCACGUGAGAGCACGGAGAGGCCAAUCAGCGCCCUUUGCUGCUUUAUGAACUGCUUGAGACGGCUGUGCCGGAUGGCUGUGAAUCCAACUGCCUUGGUGGAGGAGGGGAUGGGAAAGAGCUGACUCCAAACAGGUGAACGUCUGACAACAAAACCACAUUUCACAGAUACUGGCAAAUAAGAUUUGGCUGUGCCAUCUGGACUGCUCUUCUCAAUGGCCCAAGCAGAAAAGGAGAACCUGCAAGGAACCCUGCACUUUCCAGGGACUUUUGCAGAGCCAGGAGGGAUACCGCUCAGGGCACUCUCAGCAAGCAAGAUCCCGGUGCUGUCCAAAAGCAGACUCCCACCAGAGUGGAAGGAACCACAGCGGCAGAGUCAGCUUCCACUGGCAUGCCCCUCCAGUGUGAAGAGCGAAGGGAUCAAGACUCCUAAGAUGACUCGUGCUGGUCCAGUCCCUGGUGCUGCAUCUUUGGAAACAGCAGCUGGGCUGCUGCCCAAGAGCAGUUCCAGAGAGCCCCUGGGGGAGAUGCAGCUGGGCACAUCUGGCCGUCGGAAUGUGGUGGGACAUGGCCUGCCUAGUGCCAAAAAAGCCAACACAGUUGAGUUUGUGCCUGAUGCAGCAGCCCUCGCCAGCAUCCUGUCUAAUACAGGGCUGACUAGCCAAAUGGUGAGUGCAAGCCAGAAGGUCAGCCUGGCCCGACGAGUCCCUCUGAGAGGGAGCAGAGCAUGCUCGGCCAUCGUUGGGGUUGGGCGAGGUUCUCUAUACAUGGGAGCUCCUACGGUGAAUCCUGUCCGCAUGUCCUGUAUCUCCAGACUAGCAUCAAAAGAUAUGGCUCAGCCGCAGUCCUGUAGCCUGGCCCUGAACAAGCAGCAGCUUAAAGCUCUGUCAACGACACUAGAGAACCUUAGACCUGGGGUGAAGGCAAAGCCUGGCAAACCGGCAGAGGACCUGGAAGGUGGCGAGUGUGGAGACCCAUCAGCCAGGCUCCAGGAGGGAGGUCGGAGCAGUGCCGUGGGGGCUGAUGGUGCAACACAAAGUAACUCAAUGGGGAGGAAGGAAACCACAGGAACAUUAUGGAAAGAUGAAGACUUUAUACCAGACCCAGCUGCCAAAGCCAGCAUCCUGUCGAACACGGGGCUGAGCCAUUCAGCCUUUGGGGCCAAUGGCAAGCUGAGCCUGGCCCAGAGGGUGCCAGUGAAAGACCCUAGGAAGCCACUUGCUGCCUGUGGAAGUGACAGGGACAAAAAUGCUGCUCUGCUGGAAUCCCGCGUGAGUGCUCCCCCAACGGAGAUGUUUGGCCGUGUCUCCUGCCGUUCGAUGCAGGGCCUUAAAGGUCUGGAGAAGUUGGAGGCUUCCGAAGCUCGUCUGGCCAACACACCUGGCAGAAGAGAUUCCGUCCUUGACUAUUCGCCCUUUGGACUUGCCAGGAGGGUUCCUGUGACAUGCCCCCGAUCCCUGCGUCGCACUCCCGGGAGAUGCAAACUUGUGCCUCUUUCUUCCUGUACAAAGGACAAGGGAGCAGGUGCCCAAUACUCAAUGAAAACACCACAGGGUGGGCCACAGACAGUUGUUGUUGGCUCCAAAGAGGAUGGUGGUGCUGUGCCUUGGGAGAAGAUUGCUGUGCGCCUCUUCAGUGACGAAGUGGGGGCAUUGGCAGAGGAAGUGCCAGCUGCUCCAGUGAUCACCCAGGGCAUGGGAAAGCUCCAGCGGAUCAAGUGCCUUGUCCAGCUUCUGCAGCAAGAAAUGAAAGGCAGUGUUGCUGAUUAUGAAGUUGUCCCCUCACUGGAGGAGCUGCACAAACUGUUGUCGGCACACUGCUCGCCUGCUCUGGAGUUUCCCAAGCCUGGUCACUCUGCCACACCUCUGCAGGAUCCUCCACCAAACCUCUGUGAGCAGCCACCAGCAUCUGUGGUUGCUGCUGCACCAGAACCCAUCGCAGAGUUCACUAUCUCGACCCAACAACCUGCCUUUCCCAACUCUGCAGUUCACUUGAUCAGAUCCCCUUCCUCCAGGACAAGCAGCGCAGCACCUGAACCCACGACAGAGCUUGUCUCCUCCACCCGCAAGCCUGCCUUCCAUUCAGUCCAAUCCUCUUCCUCCAGGACAAGCAGCACAGGAGGUUCUGCUGUCCUUGUCCCUAUAGGCCAGGUCAAGCAGCGGCUGGAGGACCUCGCCCAUGCACCGAACCGCUUCCACGAGGCCAGCCUGAAUGACGAGUGUGCCUUCUACGCUGCCCGGCUCCCUUCGGUUGCCCAGCCCUCAGUGCCACGGUGUGAGGAGCCUGUGGCGAGAAUGCUGGAGGCUCACGAUGCUGUGCACUUUAUCCCCAUCUCUGCAACUCCAGCUGCACUCACAGAAGCACAGAGGUCUUCACCAUUGUGAGGGUCUGGGCAUGGCGUGGCUCUGGGAUCUACCACAAAGAGAUGGUGAAACUCUUCUGUGAUGUUGCUCAUUGCUGGUGUAGUGGCCCGGAAGACCCACCUGCUGCAGCUGCUACCUUUUUGGAGCUUCAUCUCUGGCCCCAGCAGAUCUCACUGGGACUCUGUUGACGGGGAGAACUAGGAGCUGAAAUUCCUCCUUGCCUGGUGGUACUUAGUGCCUCACAGGAAGAUCAGUUGGCGGUUCUGAAAGGUGAAGCCUGGCCUUGGGGAGAGGGACUGUGCCACAAGGGAUUGCUACAAAAGACUGUACACUAAUGCUAUGUUUACUGUAACUCUGCCACCUUUUUAAAAAAUAAAUUUUUAAAAGAC